AUGUGCAGCCUCGGUGUGCUUCCAGGAACGCACUGCAGCGUCAUUGCCAUCCUAUACCCUGGAGAUCUGUUGAAGGCUGAGGGACAGGUGUGCAGGACCUCAAUCCGGCACAUCAACCCGCAGACCGGUAAAGGGUAUCACCGCGACGAGGCCGCUCGCGUGCUAAAGUUCUUCCGCACGGCUGUCCUGGCCGAGCUGGGGCGUCCCGGUAGGAUGUGGGACUGGGCGCCGCCAUCACAAGCAGUGGUGGAGGUCAGGCUGGCCGACUGCAACCACCCUAUCCGCGAUAAAGUGCCGGGCACAGUGUCGGACGGGCAUGUCGGUGCCGGCGUGCUUUCCGCGACGUCGUUCGGGUGGGUAGCAAAACAGAUCGACCAUCUGACAGGCGAGAAGGGUCGUCGUGGGGUGAGCAUCGAGAGCAUCGGGAUGAAGAUGCUGAAGGCUUUGCGCGACAGCAUGGUUGAGUACGUCGGCAAGGUCAUUGCCGUGAAACGCACCGCGACGCCGACUUCUCAAGCCGCCGGACCCGCCGACAAUGCCAUAGAUGACGACGUCGCGGAAGGACAGAAGGCGCCCCAAGGUGCAGUUGCCGCCCAGCAUCAUGGGAACGCGAGGGUGCAUGGGGAAGGUGGAAACGGUGGAGGAGGCGACGCAGAGGCAGGUGCAGGAAGGUCGGAAACGGAGAAGUCGUCGUCGGAGUCGGAGUCGGAGUCGGAGUCGGAGGAGGAAGACGAGGCGGUGAAGCGUAAGGACGAGGAGGAGUAUGAGGAGGAGGAGGAGGAGAAUAAGGACGAGAAUGGUGAGAAGUGGGAGGGAGGGAAGGAUGAGGAGGGGGGGGAUGAAGAGGUGGAGUUCGUGGUGGAGUAUGUAGAGGGUACGGUUGAGGCGGGAGCGGCGGAAGAGGCGGUGGGGUCGGCAGAUCAGGGGAAUGAGGAAGAGAAGGAUGACGGCGCGGGAAAUGCUACGAGGUCGGCAGAUGUGGGGAAGGAGAAGGGCGAGGUCGGCGUGGAGGCACCUGGAAAUGGCCAGGAUGAGGCGGCCUGCGAAGGAGGUGGGAAGGUGUCGGUCGACGCCGGCGAAGGGCCGAACAACACGGGCGAGCAGGAGGCCGGGGAACCACCAAGUCGAGUCCCCGUAACCCCCUUGCGGCUACCAGCGCGCCUGCCGGCCAGUCAGGCACAUAGCAGGGACGUGCAGCAGCAUCCCGUGGUCGACGCCGGCCUUCCUGGAACAGCACGCCGCUCCGUCACUACGCAGGUUGCCGGCAAGUCGUCCGGUGCCCCACCUGCCGCGCCUCCGGUGGCCGCCCCACCGCCUGCGGACCCCAAGUCCGAUUUUCUUCGCGCCCAUUUAGGCGCACGCAAAGCAACUGCUCCGUCAGUGACCCUGCCGGAACUCGGCAAAAGCGCGACGCCGAUGUCGGUAAACGCAACCGCACCCACACCAGGUGCAUCUGUGGUCAAUGUGGCGGCGGAGAAGGGAGUGAGUGCAGCGCUCGCCACCGGCGGCCGCGCAGACAAGCAUGCCGACCUCGCUGUCGUCAUGGCCCAUUUUGAGGCAGCAAAGCGCCCCGAGCACGCCCCUGUUAUGGCCAUCAUGGACACGGCGCAUGUGGUGCCGUCGGCGACCCACGGAGGGGGUUCGACGGAGCAGACGGCCGCAACGGCUGCUGUCGCCGAGAUAAAUGCUGGACGGAAGGAAAAGGACGACAACGGGAAAGGGAAGGCGAAUCGGUACAUCGGCAAGUCGAGGGAGAAGAUGGAGCUGGCCUACGAGCACGCGAUUGCGUUCGUCGUCUACGACGGCUACGUGAGCAAGGUGCUCAUGAAGGAGCUCACCGUCUUGAACCCGGGGGAGUUGGAUAAAUGGAAGGAGGUGUGGGCGGAGGUGAAGUUGUUGCCCACUGGGAUGUGGACGGUGAUGCGGGCCAGAGGCUUGUGCCAUCCGAGAGCAAGGUUCGACGAUAUACUCGGCAGGUACCGUGGGUACGCGAGUUCGGGUGUUGCGCUUCAUGACGUGCUCUGGCCGGCGAUCUGGUUCCCCAUCAUCGAGGACACGGAGGAAGGCAAGGAAGAGACGACCGCUCUCUUGUCGGCGAUGGUAAAUCGCGUGUCGAUGUGCGCGGCGUAUGGGAAGGUCGCGGCGAGCGCGGCGUUUGGGAAGGUCGAUGCGAGCGUGGAGGGGAAGGCGGACGAGAAGGUGGAGAUGGGGGCCCAGGCGUUAGCGGCAUCGGCAUGCGCCAUCUGGUGCUUCUUGGAGACGGGGGCGUCGGUGCUCGGUGCUGUGGGCGAAGGGAAGGCGGCGGCGAUGGUGGCAGGUGCGGGGGAGGCGAGGGCCAAUGACUUCAAGGAGGUGAUGCACGCGGUGAUCGACAUAGCACGCAGCAGGCAGGCUCCCGCUGGGGAGGUUGCACAUAACGUCGCGCCAUCGGUGCAGAGCCAGGCAGUUGCCAGGGCCUUCGCGAAGGGAGUUGAGGAAGUCGAGGCCGACAUGAUCGCAAGAGCGACGGUCGAGACCUUGGCGUUCUGGGGAAUGUGCCCCGUCGCCGGGCCCAAGCUCAAAGCGCAGGGCAUCGAUGUGCCGUGUGACGCGAGGAUGGAGUACCAUAUGGAUCACAGGGGGAGGAAGGGGGAGAAGGUCAAGCAGAGCAAGGGCAGCAGCAAGAGGAAGAAGAGCAAGCAGGGCAUGGGCAGUACGGAUGCGUAG